AGCAGCCGGAGAAACAGACUCGCGUUUUGCUCGGGAUCCCUUGGUGUAGCAAUUGAGGAAUCGGGGCAUAGGAAGGAGGCGCAAGCAAUAAAAUAUCCCGACACGACGGGACGCGACAUAUCAUGGACCCGCAAAAUCCGUCCUCGGCGCAGCAUGGCCAGCAUGGCCAGCAGCCGCGGCAGAUGCCCGUUUAUGACCUUAGCCAUGGUGGUCACUAUGGCGCCAGCUCAGCGAUUUCUCAACAAGGCUUCGCGCCCUCCGAAUUGUACACGGGAACAUGGGCGAAUGUGCACCAGGGCCUGACAGGCCAUUACAAGGAUGUCCUCACUGCGUAUUGGCAACACACCAUCCAGCACCUUGAAAGCGACACCCACGACUACAAGAUGCAUCAAUUGCCACUGGCGCGGAUAAAGAAGGUUAUGAAGGCCGACCCAGAAGUCAAGAUGAUUUCAGCCGAGGCGCCGAUCCUGUUCGCAAAGGGCUGCGACAUCUUCAUCACCGAGCUCACCAUGCGGGCCUGGAUACAUGCGGAGGAAAACAAACGGCGGACUCUCCAGCGGUCCGACAUUGCCUCGGCGCUGGCCAAGUCGGAUAUGUUCGACUUCCUAAUCGACAUCGUCCCGCGCGAGGAAGCCUCUUCCCACGCCAAGCGGACAAGCAACCAGGCCGCGGCCCAACCCGCUGCACCCCAGCCCCAAAUCCCCGGCGUCGGCGCCCCGAAUCACGGCCAACACCAGAUGGCUGCGCCCGAGUAUACCCUCGGUCACGGCAUGGGCCCGGAAGCGGAUUACCGUCAGCCCCAAACCAUGUACGCGGGUCAAGUACAGCCGGGAGCUCCCCCGUAUGGCCAGCCGCAAGCCCAGAUGUACAACGUCGACGAGAUGUACUAUGGGGCGAUGCCUCCCCAGCAGAGCGCCUAGGUGCCGCCUCAUGAGCAUCAAGUGCCAGCGGACCCCCGAGUGGGUGGCGCGGUUCCCGACGGGAUUGGACGCCCAAAACAAUGGGAGGGCCCGGGGGUUUACCGGAC